UGAAACUUUGUAGUUGUUUAGUAAAUAAAUAAAAAACUUUCUAAAAUUAAAUAAUUUUAAAUUUUGUAUUUAGCACCUUAUAAACCGUACUAUUCAAAAAUUAAAAGCUAAGUACAAAAAGAAACAUUAAUUAUCUAUGGACGAAAAAGUGUUUCCUGAAGGAAUUGACCAAGCUGUGUCUUUUGGUACAGGAUUAAUUCCCACUCCCACAUAUAUAACGUUGCCUAUAUCCUUACCCGGUGCUAAAUUAAAUGAUGCUCAAACAGUUCAAAUUCAAGUGUUGAAUCCAAAUUUAUUGCAACAAAAUGCUUUCCCACCAAAAAUGGGAUUAGGACAACUUGGAUCGUUGGGACAAAUACAUAUUCCACUACAAACUUUACCAUCUUACCAGAAUACAACAGAAUACAAUAGUCAUAUAAUAACAGUUGCUUAUAAUAAUGACCAAGGUGAAAUACUAUGUCAAAAUGGAUUUACAGAUGAUAUGACGGUGCUGGCAGCUAUUCAGCCACAAGAUUUACAAACAUCCGAGGCAAUCGACUCUACAAAAAUAGUCCUUCAUGAAAGUACUCAGAAUAAAAAAAAUUAUAAAAAAAAUGGUGGGCGUCAUAAAAACAAAGAUCAAGUUAAUACACAACAAUGUCAGUUAAUAACUGAUCCUCUAAUAUUCAAGAUAGAAGAAAAUGAGACAGCAAUGUUGGAUGAAAAGCAAUUUGAAGAAGAUACGAAAGAAGAUCCUAAGCCAUUAAACAAAAUUAAAAAUAAAAAGAAACUCUCACAAAACAAAGUAAAUAAAAAACCAGGAUCUGUACACAUAGCUACAGCACUCGAUGGGACAACAUUAUUUUGCUGCCCUGAGUGUCAAAUGGCAUAUUCGGAAAAAUCUUGCCUGGAAAAACACUUGUUACUUCAUAAAAUAGAUAGGCGAUUUAUUUGUGAUAUAUGUGGUGCAGGACUUAAACGAAAAGAACACUUAGAAAGACAUAAACUAGGACACAAUCCAGAAAGACCUUACAUUUGUACUAUUUGUGGCAAAGGCUUUAAAAGAAAAGAGCAUCUUAAUUUACAUGUGGUUAUUCAUAGUGGAAAUAAAACCGAGAUUUGUGGUGAAUGCGGGAAAGGUUUCUAUCGUAAGGAUCAUUUGAGAAAACACGUUAAAUCACACAUUAGCAAACGAAUCAAAGAGCAAACUGCAGAUAUAGUGUAUUCAGAUGUUUCGAUAAAUACCAUUGGACAUUUUCCAACUACAGUCAAGGUGGAGGCUCAAUCAGAACCUAUUUCUAUAGUUAAGCAGUUGUGUUAAUUUUAAAAUUAAAAAUAAUUUUUGAAAGCUAUUGAAUCAAAACUAUCCAUGGAUAUUUUAUAUGUAUGUUUUUUAAAAUUAAAAUAGAAAAAAUUAACAAAAAAAA